AUGAAGCUAUUAGUCAUUUUGCUUGCCCUAGUAGGCUUGUCUGCCGGUAGUGCUUUACCUGUUAUACCAGGGGAUAAUAGCCACUAUGUAGAGGGAGAGAGUCGCUACAUUUGGAUGCCUGAUGGAGAUGGUGUACCACAUCUUGUAGAUCUUGAGGCUCCAGUAGACGAAGAAUUAUUGUUCCAAGCCAGAAAUGGCGCUAACAAUGCCUACUGGCUGUUCACAAGACAAAACCCCACUAGCCGCCAAAUACUCGUGAACGGUAACGCAAACUCCAUCCGUAACUCACACUAUAGAGGAAACCGACCAACAAAAGUUAUUGCACAUGGAUGGAACAGCGGAGGAAAUUCCAAUUUAAAUCCCGCUAUCACAGCUGCAUUCCUUCAAAAUGCAGACGUCAACGUCAUCGUUCUUGACUGGAACAGGGCUGCUAGUGGGACGUACACCUUGUCCGUCCGUGCGGUUCCAGAUGUGGGCAGACAUCUAGCUAAUUUCCUUCAGUUUCUGUUCAGUACCGCUGGCGGGAACUGGAACAAUCUCCACUUGGUUGGACACAGUCUGGGAGCUCACGUUGUCGGCAAUGCGGGCCGUUUUGCCCCUGCUCGUCCUGUUCGUAUAACUGGCAUGGAUCCUGCAGGACCACAAUGGGGUGGUAAUUCAAAUGCCUUAAACAGCAACUCUGGUGUAUACGUCGAGUCCAUCCACACCGACGGUGGUCUUCUAGGCAUCAUGGACCCUAUUUCUGAUGCUGACUUCUACCCCAACGGUGGCAGGAACACUCAGCCCGGUUGCUCGCACAGUGCUUGCUCACACAGCCGCGCACACGAACUUUUCGCAUCCAGUGUUAGAACAAACCAUUUCGUCGGUAGACGCUGCAAUAAUCUCCAGCAAGCUCGCGAUGUUCAGUGCAGUGGCGCUACACUGAAUAUGGGCAACGCUCUGCUGAACAAACGAGGGUCUGGUCUUUAUGGACUACAAACUGGAUCAAGAUGGCCAUACUAAAAUUAACUACUUACUAGUGCAUUUUUUUAUAUUUGUUUCGAU